CAGUGAGCCAACAACGAAGAGUAAAAUCUGAAUAAUUCGCGAAUGUACGUACGCUUAUAAAGCAACUAUUUAUCUGUGAAAUAUUCUUGUAUUGUCGUUACGUUCGAAAAAUAUUAAAAGAAAUUUUAAUACAUUACAUAAUAAUAUAUUAAAUAUUAUAAUAAGUAUUAGAAGUGAUUUUCCGAAACUGCAAUGUUGUUGAUCAAUGUUAGCGAUCUCAAUCCGUUUCGUGCUGUGACAUAACAUAACCUAUAAAUUUAAAUAUAUUUUUGUUUAUUUGAAAUUCACUAAAUUGCAGUAUUAGAUUAUUCGGCUUUUUAAAAAUAUGGAGUGGCAACAUUUAUUGGAGCCACUUAAUCGUAAACUAAGGAUCACGCGUUUUAUCGCGCAUAACGAAAAACGCGAAAUAAGAUUGAUGACUUAUUUAUUGGCCGAUCAAGAAGUAAGGGAGUUCAUAUCCUUGUGGUUAGAACAAAAAUACGAUAACAGAGAUUUUAAAUCGCUGGAAAAAGCCAAGGUGUUCAAGGAUGCUGGAAACAAAGAGUUUCAAGCAAAACAUUAUAUUUCAAGUAUUCAAUCUUAUACAAAGGUUGCAUUAUAUGCUCCAGCAGACAGCGAAGUCUUACCAUUAGCUAUUGCAAAUAGAUCUGCCGCUUUAUAUCAUCUGGGAAAAUAUGAAGACUGUAUUAAAAAUAUUGAACUUGCUAUUAAGUUAGAAUAUCCAGAAAAGUUGAGACAUAAGUUGUAUCUAAGAGCGGUACAGUCUUAUUUAAAAUUAGGAAAACCGACUAAAGCUAAGGAAGCUCUUGUUCGUGUACGUGAAUUAAUGGCUAAAUGCACCGACCUACCAGAUGUGAAAAAAGAGGAUAUAGAAAAACAAAUCGCACACUUGACAUCUCUUGCAUCAUGUACGCAUAAUGAUGUAGAAGAUACCGAAGAUAACGAUGGAACGCAAUCAUUGCCUGAACUCGCAUUUGGAGAAAAUCCUGAUUUUCCUUCUGCAUCGAUAGCUGUAGAUAGAAAAUAUUCAUCGGAGAAAGGAAGAUACGUUGUAGCUAAUAGAGACAUAAAAAAAGGUCAAAUACUUUUUGUUGAAAAACCAUUUGCUUUCGUACUUGUGGAUUAUGCUGGAGUGAGCGGUUUUUGUGAAAAUUGUUGUCGUCCUUAUGGAGAUGUUCCUGUUCCGUGUACGAUGUGUUUAGAUACCUUAUACUGUAGUAUGAAAUGUUGGAACGACGAUUUUUCGUUAUAUCAUCGCUGGGAAUGUCUAGGUAGUCAAAUGGGACUUUGGAAUCAUAAUGGAAUUGCACGUUUAGGUUUAAAGAUGUUUUUAAUGUGCUCAGCUACAACUGAUAGAAACAAAUUUAACGAGGUUCAAAAGUUAAUAACAAAUUAUGAAAAGUUACCAUUAAAAGAUCUUAUCGCUUUUGGAAUUACGGCAACUAUGCUUACGCUUUAUCUUAUAAAAUAUUCUGAUUUUUUUGAACAAAACGAUCUUACGGAAUGUUUGAUAUCCAAAUUUUCUGACGAGAGUUAUAAUUUUCCCUGUGACCCUUCUGUAGAAAGUGAUAGGCAUUUAUACGUAGGCAGCUUACUUUUGAGACACAUUUUGCAACUUGUCUCUAAUGGUCAUACAAUUACAAAAUUAGACGUAAUUGUGUCAGAUAAAGAUAAGGUUCUAACAGAACGAGAAAAUCGUUUUGCAAAAGCGGUAUAUUCUUCUGCGAGUAUGAUGAAUCAUUCUUGUGAUCCAAAUGUAAUAAGCAGUUUCAUGGACCAAUAUAUGAUUGUUAAGGCUAUAAAAGAUAUAGGAGCAGGAGAAGAAAUUUAUACCUGUUAUGGUGCACAUUUUAGACAAAUAUCAAGAAAUUAUAGACAAUUAGCCUUAAAAAGUCAGUAUUGCUUUACUUGCAAAUGUGAACCUUGCACCAUACCAGAACUUCAAUAUUUUAUGGAAAGAUUCAAUGCUAUAAAAUGUCCAGAAUGUAGCGGAGCUUUGUUUACUGUUCAUAAUUAUUAUAUGCAUUGCUUGGAUUGUGGUGCAACACCUACUUUAAAUUAUGACAUUGAAUUAAGACAUGCCCAGAAACUUUUCGAAGAUGCACAAGAUUAUAUAGAAAUGGAGAGAGAAGAGGAAGCUCUGGAUAAAUUGAAACAAUGUUUAAGUAUUAGGAGAACUGUAUUAUAUAAAUACCACGAAGAUAUAACUGCUACGUUGGAUCUUAUAGGGAAAGUAUAUGCCAUUAUGGGUCGAUGGUUAGAUUCUAUAUCAUACUUGGAACAUAGCAUUGCUGCCAUAAGUGAAAGAUAUGGUUCUUGUAGCAUAGAACUUGCCAAUGAAUUAAAUAAACUUACAGAUAUAUGUAUAAGAUAUCUUCAAGAAGAACCUAAUACAGUGACAAAGUGGUAUAAAAACAUCCUAAAAAAGACACGACGAUAUUUGUCGCACGCAGAGGAAAUAUUGAAUUUCAAUUAUGGACCGUGGAAUAGCGCUUGCGGUGAAAUAAGUGCAAAACAAAAGAUUUUAUCGGUUUUGCUGAAAGAUUUUAACAUUUAGUCCGUAUUAUUAUUGAUAAUGUACUAUGUUUAAUAACGCGAACGAAUACAAACUGGCAAGUUAACAUAUUGUAAAGUUUCUAUAUACAUUUAUAUAUAUGUAGGGUCUUUCACCUAACUAGACCACCUUAAAUAUAUUGUGAAAUGUCUGUCAGUAACUUCAGUACGCGCUCAGGGGACGGUAAAUGGAGGAACAAAUGCAAAUUAAUGUGUAAAACACUCAUACAAGCAAAAAAUCUUCUCUUCAACAUUUCACAAUUUUCUCGGCAAAGAUCACUUGAAGAUUAACAUAUUGCACCUUGUUGGAUUCAUUUUUUUAUAAGCUAUCAGACUGGUGUAGUGAAAAUAUGUAGUCCUAUUUACAAAAAAUACGAUGACAUUGAAAUCUCGAAAAAAAUUCGGCCUAUUACCGUAUCAGCGCCUUCGAACAGAAUAUUUUUUCCCUUCCGACAUUUUUUUCUAUCGUACGAAAUAAUCGAUAUAUUUAAGGUGGUCUAUUUAGGUGAAAGAUCCUGUAUAUAUAUAUUAUAAGAUUCGUAUGUAUAGGGUUUUUUAAUUUUUUUUUUUUUUUUUUUUUUUAAGUAGAAACACAUCUAGUAGUUAACGUAAUGUAGAUUGCUCGUAGAUUUAAAAUACGAAUCUUUUUUGAUUAUACAUUUUUCGACGCACCGUAUACUUAACGGCAAUUUAAAACGAAGUUAUAAUUAAGUAAACGACUUUUAUCAUUCUAAGUUUAAUUAUUAAUAUACAUUAACGUAUAUACAUAUAUAAUAAUAAAAAAUUGUCUAUAAACUCUAAUUAACGAGAAUACGAAACUAUUUGAAAAAGGACUGAAAGGACUGAACAUAACUUUAAACGAAGUUGAACUUAAAUAUAUUGUAUAUUGGAAGCGAAGAAGAACAAAUAUCACUUCACUUUUCAAUGCUUAAUAGCACUUAACGGAAAAGUAUUAUUUUAAACGACGAUACUUAGUAUGUACUUUUAUUUGUGAUAUCGCUUCGAUUAAUACGGUCUUACGAUGUGAUGAUACUUUUAAUUAAUCGGAAUAAAGAAAAUAAUGUAGAAAAUAUGAAUCGUGCAUUAAAUGAUUUU